CUCGCCCGAGCCCUCCUCCCCCCUUCUGCCUCAUCCAUCCACCCCUGCCCCCACCCGCACCCGACCCCGCACGUACGAGAGAGAAAGCGAGCGAGGCGCACAAAGAUGAGCUCCUCCAGCUCGGGCUUCGUGCCGUAUGUCGUGGUCGCCACGGCUACGCUCAUUUCCUACGAUGCCGAUGGCGUCCAAGUCCCCUUUUCCAUGGAGCCCGGGGAGAAGAUCACAGUCCUGGACAAUAGCGGUGCCCGCCCUGGCAUGUGGAAGGGCAUCAAUGCUGCCGGCCAUGUCGGCUACUUCCACAGCUCCAUGGUCAACAAUCAAAUUGGCCCGGCAAACCCGGCGGCCUCCGCCGCCUCAGCCGCGGACCCUGCCCCUGCCGCGGCUCCAGUCGACCUGGUCGCCACCCCCACCUCCACUCUCUCGUUGGAUUUGGAUAGCGGCUCCUCGCAGCCCGGGUCGCCGAGCCUCGCGUCCACCGGCGGCCGGCAGAGCGGCCUCAAGCGCGCCCUCUCCCGGCGGACUCGGAAUGCCGGCGGCUCGACCAUCGUCCCCAAUGUCUCCCUCACUCUCGAUGGCCGGAUCACCGCCACGCCGGUUACCCCCCUGCAGACGGCCGCCGGCGAUCCGGGCGCCCUGCAGGUUUCGAGUGAUAUCCUCCUGCCGCCGGUUGACGAUGACCUGCCCGAGGUGACAUCCGCCCCGCCGACCAGCGCCCCGGUCAACCUGGCCCCCAUCUCGCCGCUGGAUUUGGAUGUGUCACGACUGGCCGGCAGCGACACCGGGCAGGCUUUGUCAACCCCGACGCGGGCCCUCUUUUCGACCUCCAACUCGCCGGCCCUCCUGCCGACCGAUGGGCCCGGCUCGGCAGCGCCACUCUCCCCGCCGGAGUUGAUCGACACGGCGGCUCUCAAUGGCAGCACCGCCAUGUCGGCCGGCUCCCCGGGCGCCGAUGCCGCUGCCGACCAGUGGUCGCCCCCCGGCUCGCCGGCCCAGCUGCUCCUUUCUCAACACCUGUCCAAGCAUUCGGAGUCCGACUUGGAGGACAUUGCCUCGGCCACCAUGGCCGCCAUGGCGGCGGCUGCUGCGGCGGCCCCCUCCCGCAAGCAUGCCCCCUCGAACUUGACCACCUCAACUCGCUCGGCGCGCAGCCUUCCCACUGAUAUCGCCCUUUGGACCGUUCCCAUGGUCAGCUACUGGCUCCGGGCCAAUGGCUUUGAGCAGCUGGCCCCGCUGUUUGCCUCCCAAGAUAUCAAUGGCGAGGCCCUCCUUGAGUUGGGCUAUUCCGAGCUCUACCUGCUUGGGAUCACCACUCCCCAUGCUCGGACCAAGCUCAUGAACACGAUGCAGCGCCUCCGUUACAUGGGGGCAUAGGAGGGGUGAUCGUGCAAAUCCGGCAGGAAGACCAUCCACAAGAGGCCGCGGCCAUGGAUACCCGCGCCAUGGGCUGCGCCUCCCCCUGAAGGCCUUUGCUGUAGACAUUUGGCCGCACGGGGAGUUGGACUUCCCCCAAAGCCGGCUCCCACACUGUCCCCCCCCCCCCCUCUCCCCACUCCCCGGCAAAUGCCAAGAAUAAGAGCACAUAUGCCACACCUUGGCACAAAUGCCGACCCUCCUACCCUUGAACGGAGUCUCCCCUCCCAUCCUCACCUUCUUUGCGCUCCUUGACCAAUUGCCCCUCCCCUUGCUCCCCGCUCUCCCCCUACGGCGAAAUGCCGAAGGGGGGCCGGACGGAGCGCACCCACACAAGAUCGGGCUGACGGGGGGGGGGGCUCCCUUUCGAGCAUUGCUCAAAGGAAUGGAAAAAAAAACGGAACCACUUCUCUCUCUCUCUCUCUCGGCUCUGAGAGCGUUUUGUACAUUAUAUACCACACAUACACAAAUAUAUAAGCAAUAAAAAAAGGGCGCCAUGGUACGGACAAAGGGAGGGGGGAGAAGGGGACAUAACACAGUGUAUUCGGACGCGCGGCCGAGGGAAGGG